AUGCCUGGUCAGAUAGCUUCAUUCAACUCUGUGCCAGAAUGGCUGGUGAAGCUAUUAGCUGCCGAGCUACCAUAUUCUCUGCCCUUGUUGCGACGCUUACAAUCGACAAAGUUCAAGCACGGCACCUCCCCCCAUGCACGUGUUGUCUUUGUCCACGAUACAGAUUCACCUCUGGAAGCGCAUCAUGAUUUCAACAAGUUUACUGCCGCGUACCUAGACUUUUCAAGACAGGAAACGCAGAUGUACAUUUACUCGACCUUGGAACACCGCCGCAACAAAGACGAUGAGAGUGACCUGCAUCUGUAUGAGCAGCAGCUGGCAAGAUUGGUGUCAGAAGUCGUCCGCUUGCGCAAAGAAUACGGCCACAAGCUCCUAUUCACCAACCCGGAUCGUAUCCUCGUUGGAUCCCUGCACUCCAAAGUACGUUCCAUUUUGGAGAGGUUCGACGGUGUUGUUGAGCCUAGGCCAACAGGAGUCUACGACAAAUGGCUCAUGAGAAGGGAUGAGCUGCCUUCCCUCGACGAAAGCCUUCCAUCUGGCAUGUAUUGGGAUAGUGCUUCUCUCGAAGAUUGCCAGAUCGUUGUAUCCCGAACUGAUAUCCCACGGACUGCUGAGAUGCUCGUGAACCUUCCGAAUCUGAUGAUCAAACGAGACGAUGGAACUCCGAUAGCAUGGGCAUUGCUGGGAACCGAUGGCAGUCUAGUCAGUGUGCACUGCGAGGAGCCUUAUAGACGCCGAGGCUUGGCAAAAAAGUUGGCCACUAAGCUUUUGCUUGAAAAGUCUCACCAGUUUGGAGAAGAUGGCUGGCUGUGUGCUGAUGUUAGCCCUUCAAACGAGAGCAGCAGAGCCAUGUGCAAGUCGCUCAACGGCAAGCCGAACUGGCUCGUCUCUUGGAUUUGUCUCAUACUGUCCGAGGCGUCGCUGUCAGCGGGCUCUAUUAGCAACGGCAGUUGAACGGACGGGGCGGAAGACAAGAGCUUCAAAUAGCGCGGAAGAGGCAACGGAAAACCACUACCCCUGUCGAAAGUUGUAGAGC